AUCAAUUGGUUGUGAAGAUGAUCAUCCCUGCCUUAAGAGGACUAGAGCCCUGUUCUAAAGCAGUGGAGCUAAGGUCAAUGCUAAGAUGUUUUCCUGAUCAGCAUCAAUUGGGAGCCCCCGUGAAGCAGGAGGAGUGGACGCCUCAGCGUGUCCCUCUCCCUCCCAGUCGGGACUCAGACGCUCCCUCUACCGGCCAGACGGCGCGCAGACAGCCGCUGCUCCUCUCGGAGCUGAACACCGGACCACUCAAUCCAGGCGUAAUUCAGGAAUCAGGACUCACUCACACAUUCCUCCUCCAAAGAGUGCAAAGACGCAGCCGUGUCCGCUACAGUCCUCCCCCCUACCCCUUACUCCCUCACCGCAGGACAGGGGACAAAGGACCGAGGAGCCACUUUAGAUUUUUACACAGCUAAAGUGCAGUUUUAGUUAGAAAAAGAAGAGUUUCCAGUUAACCCCUCGACUGGGGGUUAACGCUACCACGGCGCUGCCGACAUGGAUAAAGUUAUCAAUUGGUUGUUUGCAGCGAUGAGCCUCCUGUUGUCCGUCCAAGGGGAAGUUUUUAAAGGCGAUUGUAACUUUGAGAAGCCGCUGGCAGCGUGUGGAUACAGCCAAGGCAGAGAUGAUGACCUUGACUGGGAGCAGGUCAAUUCCAGGGAGAAGACUUCAUCAGAUCCAUGGAUGCCCUCCGGGUCCACUUUUAUGAUGGUGAACACGUCAGGACGCUUCGCAGGACAGAAGGCUUUACUGCUGACACCCCAACUGAAGGAGAACGACACACACUGCGUUAUUUUCCAAUACUACAUAGGAGGAAGAGACAACAGCCACCCAGGCUACCUAAAUGUCUAUAUCAAAGAAAACAACAGUCCCAUGGGGAUGCCUGUUUGGAACGUAUCAGGACCAGCGUCUCGUUCCUGGGGGCAGGUGGAGCUGGCCAUCAGCACCUACUGGCCCAAUUUCUACCAGAUUGUGUUUGAAGCCAUAACCUCAGGGCAGCGCGGCUUGCUGGCCAUCAAAGACAUUGUGGUCCAGGGCCACCAGUGCAUGAAUACACCACACUUUCUGACUAUAAAGGGAGUGGAAGUCAAUGCUGGACAGACUGCAUCUUUCCACUGCACUGUGAAUGGACGCAAGAGAGACAACUUUCGCUUAUGGCUACAGGGCAUCGGUGGACGGGAGGCCCCGAUGAAAGCCACUAAACCUUGGAACAACCGCCGCUUCAUUGGCACUUUUGAUGUGGAGAACACGACCAAGGGCGACUCGGGCCGCUACCGCUGCAUUGUCCACUCAGACAAAGGUGUUGGAGUGUCCAAUUAUGGUGAACUAACCAUAAAACAGCCUCCGGUGCCUAUCGCCCCACCCCAGCUGACUGCUGUUGGAGCCACCUACCUUUGGAUCCAGCUGAAUGCGAACUCCAUCAACGGAGACGGUCCAAUCAUCGACAGGCAGGUGGAGUACCGCACCGUGUCGGGAACCAUGUACGACCUGCAGCCCGUAGACAAGACCACGCACAAGAUUGGCCACCUGGACCCAGACACCGAGUACGAGAUCAGCGUUUUGCUGACCAGGCCGCUGGAGGGCGGCACCGGAGCUCCCGGACCUCCUCUGAGGGCCAGGACCAAAUGUGCAGAACCCAUGCAUGGCCCGCGGCGCCUGGAGGUUGUGGACAUCCAGUCCAGACAGGUGACCAUCCGCUGGGAACCGCUGGGCUACAACGUGACCCGCUGCCACAGCUACAACCUGACCGUCCAGUACCGCUCCAGAGUGGCCGGCAAGGAGGAGACCAGGGAGGAGGUGUGCUAUGAAGCCCAGAGCCGUGACCCGCAGCACACCAUCCACAAUCUGACACCCUUCACCAACCUCAGCGUCAAGCUGGUGCUGCACAACCCAGAGGGGGUGAAGGAGAGCACCGAGCUGGAGGUCCAGACGGAUGAAGAUGUGCCAGGAGCUGUUCCUCUGGACUCCAUCCAGGGGAGUCCCUACGAGGAGAAGAUCAUCCUGAAGUGGAGAGAACCAGCGCAGACGUAUGGAAUCAUCACACAGUUUGAGAUCUCCUAUAAGGCGGUGAGCUCCUUUGACCCCGAGCUGGACCUCUCCAACCAGAGCGGGAAGGCUGUGAAGCUGGGCAACGAGACCACCCACGUGUUCACGGGCCUCUAUCCGGGCUCCACGUACUCCUUCACGCUGCGCGCUAGCACAGCCAAGGGCUACGGCCCCCCUGUCAUAACCCAGUUCACCACCAAAAUUUCAGCUCCCUCUAUGCCAGCUUACGACCAGGAGACCUCUCUGAACCAGACGGACAACACGGUCACUGUGCUGCUCAAACCUGCCCAGAGCAGAGGCGCGCCCGUCAGCGUGUACCAGGUGGUAGUGGAGGAGGAACGUCCACGCAGAGCACGGGGCACCGCGGAAAUUUUACGCUGCUACCCAGUUCCCAUUCACUUCCAGAACGCCACGCUACUGAACUCGCAGUAUUACUUCACUGCACAGUUCCCUGCCGCCGGCAUCCACUCGCCCCAGCCCUUCACCGUGGGCGACAACAAGACGUACAACGGAUACUGGAACGCCCCGCUGAUGCCUCAGAAGAGCUACAGUAUCUACUACCAGGCCGUCAGCACAGCCAAUGGGGAAACCAAAAUUGACUGUGUCAGGGUGGCAACCAAAGCUGCGAUACUCGUGACUCAGCUAACCACCCCCUACAUCCGCAUCGCCCCAGCGGCCGGGGACAACCAGCUAACAGGAGCAGCCACUCACAAACCUGACGCGGUUGAGCCGGAGAAGCAAACAGACCACACUGUAAAGAUCGCAGGCGUCAUCGCUGGUAUCCUCCUCUUCGUCAUCAUCUUCUUAGGCGUGGUGCUCCUCAUGAAGAAAAGAAGAACCUAUCACUCCUACACUUACUACCUGAAAUUGGCCAAGAAGCGAAAGGAGACACUGAACAGCACCCGCCAAGAGAUGACAGUGAUGGUCAACUCCAUGGACAAAAACUACACAGAGCAGGGCACCAACUGCGACGAGGCGCUGUCCUUCAUGGACACGCACAACCACACCCUGAACACCCGCAGCGAAUGCGCGCUCACGCUCAACGGCCGGAGCGAGUGCACCCUCACCCUGAACGGCCGAGCUGGGUCAUCCCCCUCCUCCUUCACGCUGCCAAAAGCCAACACUCUGACAUCGUCCAUCCCCACAAACUCGUACUACCCAGAUCCCUUUGUGCCAACGGCUAUCUUAGUGCCCAUUAAUGAUGAGAGCCAGAACAUGGGCAGCGACACCAGCAGCCUGGUGCAGUCGCACACUCACUCCUUGAGGAAGCGGGAGCCGGUGGACGUGCCUUACCAGACGGGUCAGCUGCACCCGGCAAUCCGCGUCGCCGACCUCCUGCAGCACAUCACCCAGAUGAAGUGCGCCGAGGGCUACGGCUUCAAGGAGGAGUAUGAGAUAAACGAGAGCUUCUUUGAAGGACAGUCGGCACCAUGGGACUCCGCCAAGAAGGAUGAGAACCGCAUGAAGAACCGAUAUGGGAAUAUCAUUGCAUAUGAUCACUCCCGUGUCAGGCUGCAGGCCCCAGAGGGGGAACAGAGCUCCGAUUACAUUAAUGCAAAUUACGUUGAUGGCUACCACAGGCCGAAUCACUACAUCGCCACUCAGGGGCCCAUGCAAGAGACAGUCUUCGACUUCUGGCGGAUGGUGUGGCAGGAAAACACGGCAGCUAUAGUUAUGGUGACCAACCUGGUGGAAGUGGGCAGGGUGAAGUGCUGCAAGUACUGGCCCGACGACACAGAAAUCUACAGAGACAUCAAGGUGACACUGAUAGAAACCGAGCUGCUUUCAGAGUACGUCAUCAGAACCUUCGCUGUGGAGAAGAGAGGCGCUCAUGAGAUCCGGGAGAUCCGGCAGUUUCACUUCACCGGCUGGCCGGACCACGGCGUGCCCUACCACGCCACGGGCCUGCUGGGGUUCAUCCGCAGGGUCAAGUCCAAGACGCUGACCAACGCCGGGCCCAUGGUGGUUCACUGCAGUGCUGGUGCCGGUCGGACCGGCUGCUUCAUCGUCAUCGACAUCAUGCUGGAUAUGGCGGAGAGGGAAGGUGUGGUGGACAUUUACAACUGCGUGAGGGAGCUGCGCUCGCGGAGAGUCAACAUGGUUCAGACAGAGGAGCAGUAUGUCUUUAUCCAUGAUGCCAUUUUGGAGGCAUGUCUCUGUGGGGACACCACCAUCCCCGCCAGCCAGCUCCGGUCCGUCUACUACGACAUGAUCCGCCUGGACCCGCAGACCAACUCCAGCCCCAUUAAAGAGGAGUUCAGGACUCUGAACAUGGUGACACCCACGCUGCGGGUGGAGGACUGCAGCAUCGCCCUGCUGCCCCGGAACCACGAGAAGAACCGCUGCAUGGACGUCCUGCCGCCGGACCGCUGCCUGCCCUUUCUGAUCACCAUCGACGGAGAGAGCUCCAACUACAUCAACGCCGCGCUGAUGGACUCCUACAAGCAGCCGUCUGCGUUCAUAGUGACCCAACACCCACUGCCAAACACAGUGAAGGACUUUUGGAGGUUGGUGCUGGACUACCACUGCACAUCCAUAGUGAUGCUCAACGACGUGGACCCAGCACAGCUGUGUCCACAGUACUGGCCUGAGAACGGAGUCCACCGCCACGGACCCAUCCAGGUGGAGUUCGUCUCCGCUGACUUGGAGGAAGACAUCAUCAGCAGAAUAUUUCGGAUUUACAACGCGGCUCGGCCUCAGGAUGGCUACCGGAUGGUGCAGCAGUUCCAGUUCCUGGGCUGGCCCAUGUACAGAGACACGCCCAUGUCCAAGCGCUCCUUCCUCAAGCUCAUCCGGCAGGUGGACAAGUGGCAGGAGGAGUACGACGGCGGAGAGGGACGCACUGUCGUCCACUGUCUGAACGGAGGCGGCCGCAGUGGGACCUUCUGUGCCAUCAGCAUCGUGUGUGAGAUGCUUCAGCAUCAACACUCUGUGGAUGUGUUUCACGCCGUCAAAACACUGAGGAACAACAAACCCAACAUGGUGGACCUGCUGGAUCAGUACAAGUUCUGCUACGAAGUGGCGCUGGAGUACUUGAACUCUGGUUAAGGCGGAGCUCCUGCCGUCUCCAUGAAACUGUGGGACAGUGCAGAUGGACUGCAGCUCACAUGUGUGCAUUAUGUGAAGAGUGUGUGUAACCGAGCCAACCGGAGCCAACAGGUACACACUUGACCUAACCUGCAGCUCCUCUUUGACCAGCUCUCCUUUUUACCGUCCAGGCGGCAAAGAGUUGUACAGGGUUAAGUAACGCCGCGGAAGAGUCAACGGGAGCACAAUGAGCGGUUUCAUUUCCUCUCUGGAUCCCUCUCUCUUUCUCUUUCUCUCUCUCUCUCCUUCUCUCUUUCGUUCAUUCUCUCUCUCAGCUGCCUGUAGUUGUGUGGUUGUUGCCUUGAUCCUCGUUGGACGGCGAGCAUUAGACACUGUCCGGUUUUCCACAGGAAUGCGCUGCGCUGUACAUACUGUAACGUGUCCAUUUUGACGCUCCGCUCGUUUCUGUUUCUGCUCAGCUCACUUUUGAGAGUCAUUGAAUGCAGGAGCUCAAAGCUUAAAUGUUCCUAAAUGUCCUGUAAAACUAUGACAACUAUGGCUACAUCUGCUAACUUGUUUUCCUGUUCGGGGACCCAAAGCUUUAUUUGCACUUCCAUUGAGUUCUCGCUGUGUGCAUAUUGUAAAUAUUUCUGUAGAUUAUUUAUUCACAGUAUGUACUUUUUUUGUGACUCGCAGUAAGUGACAAUCAUAUGUUCUAUAGGUUUGGUUUCUUGAUUGUACUGUAUGCUUUUACUCUUGUUUCUUUUCUUCUUUUUUUUGGUCAUCUUGUAUGACAGAGAAAAUAAAACUGUAAAGAAAAGAUCUAUAAAUGUACCUACAAUAUAAACAUUGGAUUAUC